AUGUUUGGACGAAAGCCAAGAUGUGAUCAAGAAUUCUGGAAAAUUCUACAAGAAAACGAUAUUGUAGAUGAAGAACAAUUGUCAACACCGAUAGAUGGUUUUUCGGAUGACACAGUUUUGGAUGGUGGGCUUGUAGCUCCAGAUGAUACAACUAAUUCUACAAUUUUUAUUGAUACUGGAACUGGUCCUGAUGAUGCUAAUUCACCUACUCCUCUUGAUCUAUUAUCAACAUCAAUUUGUACUGCGCCUAUUCUUAAUCCACUUUCUGUUGCAAUCGCUUCUUCCUGGAAUGAUAAUCUUAUUUCUUUUGAUUCAUCUAAGUCACCCACAAAAGUUGUUCCUCAGCGUCCACUACCAUCAAGUCCAGUAAUGACAUUAGAUAAGCCUACUGUCAUUGCUUCUUCAGGCGAGACUGGUUUAGGAUCUAACUGUUGUACUAAUAUUCUUGAGGAAUUAUAUGUACUUUUAACUUCUGCAUCACCGGUUAUUGCUGCUUUUCAGUCAUCACCACUUCUGGGUACACAAACUUUUACUUGUUCAUCAUCUGUUUUCAUCCAUUGUUGA